AUGAGAUUUGCUGCAGACCCCCCAGGAACUCAUGGUGUUCUUACUCAACUUUUCCGAGUUCCAGAAGAUUUUAUUCACAGAAUUCCUGAAUGUCUUAGCCUACAGGAGGCAGUCCUAGUUAAACCGCUCAGUGUGGCAGUCCAUGGUGUGCGUAUGGCCAAACUAGCUCCAGGACAAGCUGUCCUGGUUCAAGGCUCUGGUACUGUCGGAUUGCUUUGCGCGGCAGUCGCAAGUGCAUUUGGGGCAAAGACAGUCUGUGUUGCAGACAUAAACGAGACCAAGUUGGACUUUGCGCGUUCUUUUGUCAACUGCAUGACUUUCCUUUCAGAUCCCACGGUAUCUCCCGCUGAUGAUGCUGCGAGAUUUAAAAAAGAGAACAGAAUGCCAAAUGGGGUGGAUGUCGUCUUGGAAUGUACUGGUGUCCAGUCUUCUGCGCAAACGGGUUUGCAUGCAUCCGCGGCUGGAUCUACUUUUGUGCAAAUCGGGAUGGGGAGACCGGAACAAACUUUGCCUUUGGGCACCAUGAUGGAAAAGGAAGUCACUCUCAAGACAUCCUUCAGGUACGGUCCUGGCGAUUAUGACAUUGCUAUUGAGCUUCUGAGUGCGGGCAAGGUGCAAGUAGGCACGAUGAUUAGCUCCGUCGUGCCAUUCGAGCAUGCGACAGAGGCAUGGGAGAAAACAAAACGAGGAACCGGCAUUAAGAACCUCAUUCAAGGUGUGCAAGACUGA